AUGGAUAACAAGGGAAUUAGAAAAAGAAAAGAUGCGAAAGAGAAUAAAGUAAAUUUGCAGGAGGGUGGUAAUUCUUUUAUAAAUGAUUAUGAAAAAAAUAACAACAACUGGAAUUGCAACAGCUUCACAGGAGGACAAAAUGCAAAUUACAAUGUGAACAGAAAUAAGCAUGAAGCAUUACCAAAUAUGGGUCUAGGUGCUAGGAGGAAUUCUUCAAGCGACAGUUCCAAGUCGAGGAAAAAGAAAUCUAUAAAUAUAUUUAAUGGCCCAAACAUUAGUGCGAUAUCGAAUAACUGUAUGAAGUCGUUCAACAAUAUGCUAAGCAAUAUCAAUUCCAAUCUAAACAGCUCCCUAAGCAACAAUAGCCACACGAAUCACACUAGUCACAACGGUCACAAAACUGAUGUCCCUUCCCAUACCAAUAAUCGAUCGGGUUUCUCAACGGGGAACAGCUUCUGUGAAAAUCAAUUUAAAAAUCUGAAGUUAUCCAAAGGAUUAAGCUACAUAAGCAAUAUUACUAAUAUUCAAGAAAAAUUUUCUAGUGAUAAUAGAAGUGCAACGGGAAAAAAUGACUUUAAUUUUUUCCGUAAUUAUGAAAAUAAUUUAUCUGCUAAAAAGGAGAACAAUAAAGGGAGUGGAUAUAAUUACAGCAAUAAGCAACAAGAGAAAUCAUGCAAUAAUGAGAUUGGGAAAAUGACGAGUUCAUCAAAUAGACAAGCAAUUAAUAGUCAAAAUUUAGAAAGUCUUUUAAAUAAUAAAGAAAUCCAAAAUCCAAAUUAUAACAUUACAGGAUUUGGGAAUAAUUAUAUGAACGAAAUAAAUAAUUUAAGAAAUAUAACAAAUGAUGAAACGUAUUGCACAUGUCUUGAUAACCUACUAAGAAAUCAUGGAAAUAUUGAUUCCAAUGAAAUGUUAAAAUAUAACGAUAAAAAUAUUAAUUGCUUAAAUGACAUAAUAUUUUUAGAUGUGUAUAGAGCAUAUAACGUAUUAACAUAUAUGCAAGAAAAAAUUAAUAUUAUUAUUUAUACCAUUAAAAUAAUUGGGAAAAAGUUAAAAAAAAAACAUGUACCUGAAGAGGUAGUAAUUUCUCUAGAAUUUUUAAAUUUUUGUGCCAAAAAUUUAGGCCUAUUUUUUGUCCGAUUUCUUGACGAAAGUUUUAUGAAAAAAAUAAGUGCACUAUUAAAAACAACAACUUUAAAAAAAUCAAUCACAAAAGACGUAAAAUCCAAACUGUCUAAAUUUCUUAUAGUACCUAUUAUUCACCCAGGCGUAGCAACAGACCCAAGACUUCAUUUUAUCAAAAGGAAAAUUCUUUUUAUGUUACAACUAUGGCAUGAUUCAUUUAUUCUUCAUCAACACAUAGCAACUGCUGUUUUUAACGAAUAUAAAUCACUGAAAGAAAAAGGAAUAACGUUCCCAAUUAUUAAUAAGGCUGAAAAGUUUUAUGUUAAAAAUGCAGAUAAAUCACCUGUCUUUUCAGAUGACAAUAUACUCCAUGCUUUACCACUAAAAUUACCACAAAUUAAUAAUAUCAUAAAAAUCUUAAAGGAAAUUAAACACAUGUCUAAUGAUGAAGAGAAAUCAAAAUGCAUUACUAUCGUGUCAAAGUAUAAAGAUCUCGUUUUUCAAAGUAUAAAUGAAUUAUCCGACUACAAUGGAAAUGUCAACAUUUCCGUCACUCUAAAUUCUCUUCUCUAUAUUAACGAUCAGAUAUGCAUAUUUGAAAAAUGGGAAAAGGAAAGGAAAAAUGAAAUUGCAAAUGAAAAUCUGGGAAAUGCUAUCGCGGUAGAGAAGAACAACAAAAAGGAAAGUACAAAACAGGAGAAAAAAAAGAAGAGCAAAAAAAAGGAAAAUUCAAAUCGACCAAAUAUCAACGAAAUUAUAUUUAACAAGUACGACCCAUGGAAUACUGAAAAAAAAACAGAUAUAAAUGAAAUGGAAUCUCAGACAUUUUUCAAUGAACGUGUUCAAAGCUUUACUAAUGCCACAUCUACCGAAUAUAUAAAAGAGCAAACCAAUGAUCUUUUUGACAAUCAAAAUAUGGCAGCUUAUAAUAAUGAAAAUAUGUUUUCCUUUUUUAGUGAUGAACAAAUGAAAAAAGAAGUAAGAACUAUACCUAAGAAUAUAGACCCAAUGGAAGACAAAUAUAGUGUUUUUAACGAAUUAAAUUUUAAUUAUGAUGACAGUGGAUCAAAUCAUAUUGAUAAUCAUUCUCAACCAUAUAUUGACAUUGGAACUGGCACGCAUAACGAUAAUGUGUCAAGCCAGAUGAUGCAACAACUGAUGAAGGAGUCACUUCCUUUACAUAGCGUGGAAUCACAUGAACAUAACAAAAUCAGCAAACAAAUAUUACCAAAUAACACUUUUAAUCAUGACAAAGGUAGGAAUAAUUUAUUAGUUGAGGAAGCUGCAAAAAAUUAUCAUCCCAAAUUAAACCCUAAACUUGAUCUCGACUUGCAGAGUUACAAUUCAUCAUUACACAAAAAUGAAAGAGAAACAACACCAUCCAUUCCUGUAAAUAUGUGCAUUUCACCCCAUACCCAUACAUCAUCAUUAAAUGAACAUAAAAAAGAGCACUUACAAAUGGAUAUGAUAGACGAUUGUUUUAAUUUUACACAAUUUGAAUAUUCCAAUCGACCAAAUUUAAACGAAAAGAACAAAAAUCAAAAUAAUAUAUCAAGAAAAGACAUUCUUAGUAAUAACGCAAAUACUAUUUCUGAUUAUAUACCUAAUGAUUCUAUGCUAAACACUAAUCGCAUAAAUAUCAACUUUGACAAUGGAAAUACAUUAGAUAAAGGAACAAAAACAUUCAAUAUGUCAAGUUAUAAUUCUCCUUUUAAUGAAAUCAGUUUUGGUAAUAUAAUAGAAACUGUAGGAACAAGCCAAAUUUCAUUUAAGCAAAAUGAAUCGAAAAAUCUCAAAAUUAAUAAUAUCUCUAAGGACGAACCAUGUACUGGUCAUAGUGCAAAUGAAGCCAAUUAUGAUUAUUUAUUAGAAACUUUUGAUUUGCAAAACGUCAAUAAUAACAUUGUUGAACCGAGACUGAAACAAAAUGUGGAAGCAAAUCCAGAUGAAAAGGAAGAAAAUUACAAAUAUUUGAAAAACACAUCUGCAAAUGAACCUACGGAUCUAGAGACAUAUACCAUCAAUGAACAGGGGAAAAAAAACAAAGUGUUCACAGCCUCUUUUGAAAAAAUUUAUGAACAAACGUCUGACAUUGUCCCAGAUGAACACACACAAGUGUUUGAAAAUAUGAAAAAACAUGACGAUACAGAGAGUUGCAGCAUUGUGAACGAAAACGAUCCAGUCAAUGCUUCGAACACAAAAUUGAAGAAACACUUUUCCAGGAACGUGAACCACCAGAACCAAGUGAAUAAAGUGAACAUAAUGAAUGACGAAUCGAAUAACCAAAACAAAGAAUCGUCCGUUGAACAAAGUUAUGAUAUUGCAAACCAAAAUAAUGUCCCGAUUUUGCAAGAGAAUGAAAAUUUGUAUAAUGAUAACCACAAAGAAAAUUUCAACCAAGGCAAGAAAGAAGAAAGUAAGCUUCACUUGGAAAAUGAGAGCAAACUUCAACAGGAAAAAAACAGAGACGAUCAUAUGAAGGACUCAUAUAGUGCUGUAAUGAGCGAAGGAAAACCAAAUGAAAAAAAUGGCAAUUCCUAUGGCAAUAUCCACGCCGAUUCGAAUGGUAUAAAUUUAAACAAAAUUGAUAACAUAGGCAAAAUUGACGACUCAGACGAAAUUGACGACUUAGACGAAAUCGAUGAAAUAACGAAAGCAAUAGAUAAUCUAAACGAUAACUUUGAAAAUAUGAAUAUUUACAAGUAUAACAAUUAA